AUGGAAAAUUUACAUGAAGAUGUUUGCUAUGGUCCACCAGAGUAUUUUGAUGAUGAUAUUAUUCAAAAGGAAGUUCAAGAGGAAAUAAUGGACUCCUCCACAGAAAUUACAAUUAGUAAUGAUAAGAAAUUAUUCUUGAUUACAACAAGAAUUGAAUGGUUGAUGGCAAUGGAACGUAAAGAUGACCAACAGAUAUCUUAUUAUGAGGAAAAAUUCAAUGAAGUUGCCAAUAUUUGGUUUAGUCUUCCGAUUGUAGAUGAAGUAAAGAAUGAAACAAGUAUUGAAAAAUUGGAACAACUCAAACAAUCCAUAGUGAAAUAA